AUGAGCAGACCAGGAGACUGGAAUUGCAGGUCAUGCCAGCACCUGAAUUUUCAGAGGAGGGAUUCGUGCCAGCGAUGUGGGGACUCGAAAUAUGGAGACAGAGUUGAUUUUGGUGGGUUUGGAGGAAGAGGAGGGUCUUCAUUUGGGUUAACUGGGUCAGAUGUUCGUCCUGGUGACUGGUACUGUGCUGCUGCUAACUGCGGUGCACACAACUUUGCUAGCCGCUCAAGCUGCUUCAAGUGUGGUGUUUUCAAGGAUGACUUGGCUGGAGGCUAUAACAGUGACAUCUUGCGCUCAAGAGCUUUUGGUGGCAGUGGAAGACCAGGAUGGAAAUCUGGUGAUUGGAUAUGCAGCAGAUCAGGAUGCAAUGAGCACAACUUCGCAAGCCGAAUGGAAUGUUUUAAAUGCAGCGCUCCAAGGGACACGUACUAG